AUGGAACAGACAAAAACGCAAAAUAAAACAAUUUCUGUCGAAAAUUCCUCAUUUUUGGCAAAAGAAAAUAAAUCAUCAAAGCCUUCACUGAUUUCUCCAACUCCAAAGAUUCAGAUUACCUACGACUCAAAUGCAAGUUUUACAGAUCCCAGGCACAGCUCUUAUAUAAAAAAAUUGAGUUCUUUAUUACCAAAAUUGACUGAGCAAAAUAAAAUCAAAAUAUUAUUUCGUUUAAUUGAAAUUUCUGAGACUGAUAGAAUAAAGCUAAACAUCCCAAUAACACUUAUAAAGGCUGAUAAUAUUCCUACACCUUAUUUAAUCAAAACUAACAAAAAUAAAAGAAUUAUUUCAAGACAAAGCCAUGAUGAUGAUUUUUUUGAUCAAUUUAAGCAAUCUAAUGAGACUCCUUUAUUCUACUAUAAAGACGAUAGUCAAUCAAUCGUCCUGUCCUCUAUUGCAGAAGCAAAAACACUUUGAAAUUCUUCAAAUCACUCUGCAAUGAUUCAGCAGUUUAUUAAGCCUCCAAAUCCAGCAUCAAUCACAAGAGUUGUGUGAAAACAUAUAGGAAUUUAUUAUGUUUUGCCCGAUAAGGGCAGGAGAAUGGACAGGGAACUCUCUAAUGGGUAGACUACUCAGGUUUGUUAAACCUGCAGAGAGAGGCUCAUUUGUCAACUCUCCAGUUGUUUGACCAGCCUAGGAUGAUUUAACCAGUUGAAGGAUUCCUUGCAAUUCUCCUGUCUUUAUCGGACAAAAAUAUAGGAAAUCCCAAUAACGAAAAAUUAAAAUAUUUUUCUAUUAUAAAUCUCUUGAAAUUCCAAGAAAAGUCUUCAAAUAUUAAUAAACAAAGGUAUAAAUAUAAAGCAAAAAAGUCUCAGCCUCAAAUAACAGAAUUUAAGCAUAUUAAUUUGAUGCUCAAAACAUCACAGUCAAUUAAUAACCCUUUUACAAGCAAGAAAAUAGAAAGGUCUCCUAUAGUAAAAGUCCGCAAUAAAACACCUUUAUUGAGAAAUUCAUUAGAUCCGGAACCCAAUAGAUUAUCUUUAAGUGCCUCUGAUGAAGCUAUAUCAAACGGCAUAAAACAAAAUAUUUUUUGGACAAGUUCCAAUGAGCCAAAAAACUUUGAAGCAUUUACCGUCCAAACUAAAAAUGAGAAUAGCUGCUUUGCUAUCCAAAGCAAAAUUAAUAUCCCAGAAAUAGAAAAAAUGACAAAUCAGCUGGUCUCAUUUCUCAAUAAUUCUGAAUUUAAAGGAAAACCGAUUAAAGGGCUUGUUGUUGAUUUUAUGCAAAAUCAAGAUAAAAAUUGAAUUUUUUUAGAUAUUCAAGAAUGGACUACAAUAGAAAAAAAUGAGUUAAAAGUAGAUGAAAAUAAAUGAGCAAAGAGGAGAUAUUCUGUAGAAAGUUUAAAUAAUAUUAAAAAAGACCAAAUUGCUGGGCUUCAUAUAGAAGCAGAUUUAGAAAAUGAUGCCAAUGAAGAUUCUGAUAUUAGCGACCGACAAGAAAAAAUAUGCAGUACUCCGAAAAAGCUUUUUAGAAUAAGAAGCAAUUCAGUGCAUCUAAGAAGUGAAGUUAUUGAAAAAGAAAUUCUUGCGAGGGAUAGUAAAAUCGCUGUCAGCAGCUUACACAAUAGUCACUGAUCAGUAAACUUUAAAGAGCAAAGUAAUAAAACGUAUAACACAAUUUUUAAGCAGAGAAAGAAUGAGUGUCCUAAUGUUUGCAGCUGUUUAAAUAUAUUUUAUUAAAUUGAAUUUAAUCUUAUUAUUCUUCUAAUAUUAUUCGAUAUGUCCUUAUUCCUAUAUAAAAUAAGAUAAAUUUUUUAAAAUUUAUGUAAAAUUAAAUUUUGUAACAAUUAAAUCAGCUUGUCUUGAACAGUCUCCAUCAAGUAGAAUGUUCCGAAAUAGAAAAAAUGAAUCGCCAACUAGAAAGCAUUUCAAUAAAAUCAUUAGUAAUUAUGACGCAAUGAAAUUUAAUUCAAAAUUAUCGUGUUUAAAAAACGAAAGCUUGAUUUUGAAAUAUGGAUAAUUAAAAUAUGGCGUCUUCGUCUGGGCAUGGGCCUCCCGCCAUGCAGCCUCGACUCAUAUUUUAAUUAUAUCCGGCAAGGUUUUGCAUUUCAGAGAAGGACAGCAAUGCUAGGUAAGCAAUUCUGGUGGAGCUCAGAGCCUAGCCCAAGUCUAAUUUCAGGAAUGUUUUUUCCUCCUCAUGGGGAAGGAGGCACGUGAGUUGGAAAGGGGAAGCUCAGCAGAGUCCGUUAGGACCAUUCGGGCAACUCCCUAGCGUGAAACUGGGCGUUACGUCCCAGGCUUCGUGUUUUUCCCUUUUUUGCCUAAAGCCUACCAGAAAAUCAUUUUUUAUGGAUUUUCGGAAUGGCAACCCAUGUCCUCAAGCGAAGUAGCUCAGUCGUGAGCCGUCGAAGUCGGCAACACCUGCGACUAGGUGCACCUUGGCGUAGCAAAGCUGGUCGACCCAGAGGCCGGUGGGCCCGAUGCGCCAUAGGCAGGCGGAAGCUCUGGGAUGGGCAACCCCGUAAGGGGACGUUAAGCGUAUAAAUCUAAUAGAAUAGAUUUUGAAAUAUGGAGACAAUUUCUGACAUGAAUUUACUGCUUCUCUAUUUGAUGAAAUACUAGAGAAUGAUAUAAUUGGCUAUCGUUUUGAGGAUACAAAUAUAGAAAAUUUUACUAUACAUUUUGGGAUGGCUAUUUUAUUUUGUAAAAAAAAACAGAGAGCUAAUUUUUAAAUAAAUUAAAUUAAUAAUAAAAAUAACUGUUAUUAAAUUUGCAAAUAUAGGGAUAUGAUUGUGGAUGGUCUAUUUCGUGUAUUUAAUGGGCAAGCUGGAUUAGAAUUGAGAAGAAAAAUCAGAGCAUCUCAUCAGCAUUUAGGGAUUUCAGAGAAAGAAUUUGAUUGCUUUUCAGAUAUAUUUGGUAGAGUUCUGCAAAGUAAAAUUGAUAGCCAAGAUUAUCAAGCUAUAAUGUCACAAAUUAAUUCAAUGAAAUGCUUAAUUUGCAGAAUGACAAAUAUCAAGUAUUAA